UCCGGCAAUAAACCCUGCGGCGCCGGCGUCAGGUGGGGACCUAGGUGUCCGCGCUCCAGGAUAACUAUGCCAUUUUUGGGUCAGGACUGGAGAUCUCCUGGAUGGAGUUGGAUUAAAACAGAAGACGGCUGGAAAAGAUAUGAAUCUUGGAGUCAGGAACUUGAGAGAGAGAAUAACCAGUGUAACAUCAAUCACAGCAUUAUCUUAAAUAGUGAAGAUGAAGAAAUAUUCAAUAAUGAAGAGCAUGAAUAUGCAUCUAAAAAAAGGAAAAAGGACCAUUUUAGAAAUGAUGCAAAUACUCCAUGUUUUUAUCGUGAAAAAUGGAUCUAUGUCCAUAAAGAAAGCACAAGAGAAAGGCACAGCUACUGUACUUUGGGAGAGGCCUUUAACCGCUUAGACUUCUCCAGUGCAAUUCAGGAUAUCCGGAGGUUCAAUUACGUGGUCAGGCUCUUGCAGCUAAUUGCAAAAUCCCAGUUAACUUCAUUGAGUGGUGUUGCACAGAAGAAUUACUUCAACAUUUUGGAUAAAAUCGUUCGAAAGGUUCUCGAUGACCACCAAAAUCCUCGCCUCAUCAAGGAUCUCCUCCAAGACCUGAGCUCCACCCUUUGCAUUCUGAUCAGAGGGGAAGGGAAGUCCGUGUUGGUGGGAAAUAUAAAUAUCUGGCUCUGCCGACUGGAAACCAUUCUCACCUGGCAGCAGCAGCUGCAGAAUCUUCAGAUGACUAAGCACGUGAACCACGGCCUCACGCUCAGUGACCUUCCCCUGCACGUGCUGAGCAACAUCCUGUACAGACUCUCGGAUGGCUGGGACAUCGUCACCCUGGGCCAGGUGACGCCGGCGCUGUCCGUGCUCAGUGAAGACAGGCAGCUGUGGAAGAAGCUGUGCCAGUACCACUUCGCCGACAAGCAGUUUUGUAGACAUUUGGUCCUCUCAGAAGAAGGUCACGUUGAAUGGAAGCGCACGUAUUUUGCCCUUCAGAAGUAUUACCCAACCCGAGAGCAGUAUGGGGACACUUUACAUUUCUGUCGGCACUGCAGCAUCCUCUUUUGGAAGGACUGCCGCCUCGCUCUGUUAUUCAAGGACUCGGGACACCCCUGCACGGCCGCCGACCCCGACAGCUGCUUCACACCCGUGUCUCCGCAGCACUUCAUCGAUCUCUUCAAGUUUUAAAGGCUCCCUCACCCCCUGCAUCGCUGCCAAAGGUGGUACCGUGUGUGUGUGCAAUAGCUGGGAGGAGGUGUUCUUGGUGACUGACAGUGAUGA